AAAAUAAUAAUAUUAUUAUUUAUAUUACAAUUUACAGUUUAGUAAUUAGUAUUUGACAUUUGUCAGUUUGCUACAAACUAAUAACACGAGCACAUCGUUUUUCAAUAUAAUAUUAUUGCAAAAUUUACUCAUUUAGAGCUAUUGCUGUGACUUGCGAAUCGUAAAUUACAAUGCCAAUGCGUACAACGACGUGGUAUUGCAGAUAGUUUUUUGGUAUAGACGUUUUCGUUCGAACACAAAUCAUGUCGUUUCAGGAUCCAACAUUCGUCGGCGACACUCCAGAAUUCCAAAACAAACGUACAAAUCUGUUCGCCGUGCUUGAUCAAGCUGAGAAGGAUUUGGAAUCGAAAAUUAAAAAAGCCUCAACGGCUGAUGCACAUGAAAUACUUAAUGGCCGUGUGGAACGUAGAACAGGUCGUUCGUUGACUAGACAGUUCCGAGGUAAAGACAGUCUAUUUGUCAAGCCAGAAAUACCGCCAUGGCGUAUAAUUGAAAAACACAGACCGCCAGAUUUCAAAUUGCAUCCACAUAAAUGGACCAAGUAUUCGUUGGCUGAUGUAAACGAAAUGAACGACAAGAGCAAUGCAGCUGCUGCAUUUGCAUUUCUUAAAGAAAUGCAAACUAGAAAAUGUAAAGAUGAUGAAAACGAUGAUAAAGAAGUAAAGAAAAUCGUGUUCAAGAGAACACUGAAGUCAAACGAACCAGAAAUGAAACCAAGUUUUAAAAGUUCUAAACUGAUCAUGCCAGAAUAUGAAUUUGGGAAAAAGGUACAGAAGAAAAAAAAUAGACCAGAACGUACAACAGAUGGAACUACUUCUAAUAAAGAAAUUAAACUUGGGCAUUUAAUGGAAGACGAAAUUGAUGAAUAAUUCAUAAUUUUAUUCUGUAUAAACUGUAAAUACUAGUUGUAUAAUUAAUUUGAUGUCAUAGUUUUAUUUAAUAUAUUUUUAACUAAAAAAUCCAAUUAAUAUUAACCA